GCUGCUUUUGCAAAUCGAGAGCGACACUCACUUUAGUAAAAAGACGGACCAUGGCACGUUCAAUUUUGCUGCUCGUUUUGAUUGUCGCCGCCGCCCUGGCCAGCGAAUCUACAACCAAGAAUCCACCGGCCAAGUGCAACCUCGUCCGUCGAGCGGAUUUGAAGACGCUGUCCAACGGAAAGAAGUACUCGUUCCAUUUAACUUUCAAAAACUGGAACACUGCAAACGAGACGUGCGCCAGUCAUGGUCUGAACGUGGCCACGAUCAGAGAUCAAAACGACGCCAGCUCGGUGUGGGCCGAGAGCGAAAAAAUUGAUGAGGGCGCUUGGUGGGUUUCGGCGAGGAAAGAGGGCAACGUCUUUAAGUGGAGCGACGGCACCGUCUUGCCAUUGGACAGUCCGUUGUGGAACAAACACGCGGACAAGGCCGAUGACUGCGUUCUGAUGUUCAACUAUGGCCAAGGCGGCAAAUUGGACACCGGCAAAUGCACCGCUCUUUGGAAUUUCGUCUGCGAACUCCCCACUGAAUGCUACUGACCAAUGCAAGAUCUACUCUGAACUCCAAAUUUUAUUUCAUACCUUUGCAAAACUUCUUUAUUGCUGUCAAAACUUUUUAUAUUCUCGUUUUGCCUCUCCAUCUGAAUUUUUGUGAUUAAUAAAAAAAAUUUGGUAUAUCUUCGGGAAAUAUGUUAAAAUUUUAUAA